CUCAACAUGCAUCUUCCGUCGCUGUUGGUCGCACUUGGUGUUUGCGCUUGUGCUGCACCUGUUGAUCAAAAGCCACUUGCUGCUAAUGUCCGCCAUCAUGCUGGGCCCCAUAAGGUUCAAGACCCUUAUACGCCAGACUACCGCGACCCAUACGAUAAGAAGGUUGACGCAGAGACAAACAAGCUUCAACCGUUGCCAUGGCGAAAUGGCGAGGGUGCAACCAUGCUGGGCCCGCGCAACAGGGAGCGUGAACGUCAGAAUCCUGACAUGAUUCGCCCUCCUAGCACCGAUCACGGCAACAUGCCCAACAUGAGAUGGUCGUUCGCCGACUCUCACAUCCGUAUCGAAGAAGGUGGUUGGACGCGUCAAACCACCAUUCGAGAGCUUCCUACAAGCAAAGAGCUAGCCGGCGUCAACAUGCGACUUGACGAAGGUGUCAUUCGAGAACUUCACUGGCACAAGGAAGCCGAGUGGGCUUACGUUCUUGAAGGCUCAGUCCGAAUCACAGUCCUUGAUACCGAGGGUGGUAGUUACGUUGACGAUCUCGAGAAGGGUGACCUUUGGUACUUUCCUUCGGGCCAUCCUCACUCACUUCAAGGCUUGAGUCCCAACGGUACUGAGUUCCUGAUCGUCUUUGACGACGGCAACUUCUCCGAGGACUCGACUUUUCUGCUCACUGAUUGGGUUGCACGUACCCCCAAGCAAGUCCUUGCCGAGAACUUUCGGGUUGCUCCAGAGGUGUUCGACGCCAUCCCUCAAAAGGAGAAGUACAUUUUCCAAGGCUCGAACCCAGACUCGAUUGAGAAAGAGAUCCCAAGCGAGAGCAAGGGCUACAAGAAAUCCAAGCAGCGAUUUACUCAUAAGAUGCUUGCUCAAGAAGCAUUCAAUACAACUGGUGGUACCGUCCGCAUUACUGAUUCAGGCAACUUUCCGGUCUCGAAGAGCGUAGCUGCUGCGCACCUCAGCAUCCACCCUGGAGCAAUCAGAGAGAUGCACUGGCACCCCAAUGCGGACGAAUGGUCCUACUUCAUCAAGGGCCGCGCAAGGGUAACCAUCUUCGCCGCCGAAGGUACAGCCCGUACGUUCGACUACCAAGCAGGUGACGUCGGAAUCGUGCCCAAGAACAUGGGUCAUUUCAUCGAAAACUUGAGUGACGAGGAGGACGUCGAGGUACUUGAGAUCUUCCGUUCCGACAAGUUUCAGGAUUUCUCUUUGUUCCAGUGGAUGGGUGAGACGCCGCAGAGGCUGGUUCGUGAGCACCUGUUCGCGAACGACAAGAAGAGCGGAGAGAAAUUUGAAAAGGCUAUCGCAAGUGCCGAGAAGGAUCCUAUCCGUAGUGUUCUGGAAGACGACGAAGAGGAGAAAGCAGAGUUGUAGAGUGACACUUGUUUGACGAGAGUAAGGAACAGAGUUGAAGUGAAGGUGGGAUUUGAAACAAAGGUGGCUACUUAUCGCGUUUAAUUGAAUUGAUUGCAAAAAUGAUCGCCAUAGUGUAUAUAGUAUACUUCUUCAGCCUUGAAUUGAUAGCUCUCCUGUACUGUCUGCU